AUGGCUACCUUCUCCUUCAAAAUACCACUGCACCGCAGUAACAGCAGCAGGAGCUACCAUGUUAUUGCUGCCUCGGAAUCGCAGUUGCUCAGGCGAUCCCGAAGCAUUCCAUGGAGUUGGCAGAAGCAGCAGUGGCGGCAGCAAACAAGGUUGCAAUGCCGCCAACUGCAGCAGGAUACCAACCCAAGAACAGAGCAAGAUCUUGACGAGGGUGACAGCCGUCUGAGGCAAAAUACCAGCACUUUCCACCCAUCUAUAUGGGGAGAUUUCUUCCUUGGCUACUCCAACCCAGCUGCAGCUUCAUCGCAACAGCAGAUUCAGAUGGAAGAACGAGCGGACAAACUUAGGGAAGAAGUGGCCGAAAUGAUAGCAAGUUCAACUACUACUGCUAGUAGGCUGCACCUCAUAGAUGCAUUGGAGCGUCUAUGCUUGGAUCACCUGUUCGAAGAAGAGAUCUGUGCUGCACUUGCACAGAUGGAGACCGCUGAUGUCAGUGGCUACGAUCUUGGGACAGCAGCAUUGUGGUUUUGUCUACUUCGGAAACAUCGAUACAGGGUCUCACCAGAUGUGUUUGUGAGGUUCCAAGAUGAAGAAGGUGGUUUUCUAGUGGACGGUCCUAAAGACCUACUGAACCUUUACAAUGCUGCGCAUAUGAGGACUCAUGGAGAGAGAGUACUUGAGGAAGCCAUGCUAUUCAGCCAAAGGUGUUUAGAAACAAUGAUACCCUACAUGGAAGGGCCAUUAGCACGUGAAAUAAAAUCUACACUUGAGAUCCCUCUCCCUAGAAGAGUUAGAAUUUCUGAGUCAAAGUAUUACAUCUCUGCGUAUGAAAAAGAUGCCACGGUGCAUGAGAAGGUGUUGCAACUUGCAAAGUUGAACUCAAAUAUUAUGCAGCUCCAUCACCAACAUGAGCUGGCUAUCAUUACAAGCUGGGAUUCAAAGGGGGCUCAUGACCUCCCUGAGUGCAUGAAAUUUGCUAUGGAGAAAAUAUUGGAUAGCUACGAAACCAUUGAAAAUAUGCUCCACCAGGAGGAGAAAUAUCGUAUGCCAUAUCUAAGAUACUUUACAAAAGGCCUGGUUAGAAGCUUCAACAAGGAGGUAAAAAUGCUUCAAGAAGGAUACAUUCCUAAGUCUGUUGAGGAGCAUCUAAAGGUUUCAAUAAGAACAGGCGGAUGUCCCAUUUUGUCGUGUGCUUCCUUCGUUGGGAUGCAUGAUGUAGCGACAGAGGAUUGCUUUGAAUGGGUUUCUAGUGUACCUAAAAUGGUCCAGGCACUUUCUGUGAUUCUCAGACUGGUAGAUGACCUUGAGUCAUACGAGCGAGAGCAACUGAUCCCUCAUGUUGCUUCAACAAUCGAUAGCUACAUGAAGGAGCACAAUGUCUCGAUUGAAGUUGCACGUGAGCAGAUACACGUACUCAAAGAGGAAUCAUGGAAAGAUUUUAACAGCGAGUGGCUUAACCCAGCCAAUAAUGCCUAUCCAAAGCAAAUACUGGAGAGGAUAUUCAACUUGACGAGGACGAUGGAAUUCAUGUACAACCAAGAGGACAAUUUCACAAACUGCCGCAAUCUAAAGGAUUUGAUCCAAUUGUUGUUGUUGGCCGAACCAUUUACGAUUACCAUUUAG